CGAGUCCCGAGCAGUCAUACCCGAUAUCGCCGUACUGGUAGGGCGGUUGAUCGUGCGAGGGACCCUCACAAGAUCCGCCGCCCCAGGCGUAGGGCGUUCCUGCUGCUGUCAGGGCUUUGCUGAGGAUCUUCUGGCCGGUGGUGCUGUUUGCGGUGGUGGGGUGUAGGGCGUUCGUUGCCGUUAGGGUUGUGAGGAGGGUGGCAAGGAUGAGCUUCAUUUUGGUGGUUCGUUUUCUUUAUGGUCUGGUUGGGAUGUCUGGGUAGAGUUGUGAUAUUGCAUAAGUUGAGAGAAUGAUGAGAUUACGGAUCUAUAUAUCCCACUUUGUUCAUGUGAAGCGUAUUUAUCGUAUCUAUUUUUAUAUCCCUGCUUCAUCCAUUGUAACGUCGUGUUGGUUAUCAGAUCUGCAAUGGAUCUGCCUCGAGACAGAAUACGAGCUUCGGGCGAUGAUCAUAUCUGAUUGCAUCUGGGUUCAUUCUUCCUCAAUGACAAUAACCAAGGACCUGUAGUGCUGAAAACCGGAAUAUACGCAUCUCCUGAUACGAUCCAGAAGUCAGGACAUCUACCGAUCAAUUGUUUUAAAAUAAAUGGAAUCAGUGUACGAAAUAACAACCUCAUCAAUGUUAGAUGAAAGGAGUGAUGAACACGAGAAGUGGAGGGCCAAGAAUGCAC